GUGUAAAAAAGCAAACGUUUGCGUGAAGAGGUUCUUGCGGCUUUGAGCCAAUUAUGGACGUUUAUACGUACAUCCAAUUUCUUAACGUUUUGGGUUCUAUUCACGAAAAUCUUAAGAGCUGCAAAAAAUGUUAACCGUGCAAUCGUGGUUUCGAGAAAUCGAGACGGGGAAUCAAUCGGACACCCUUCUCCGCUACCACAGCUACCUGAAUCGGCAACGACAAUUGGAUGCAGUUGUUGACACUAGCAAGAGGGGGCAACUACCACCGCUGCCCAAUGAUUCGGAAUCUCCUUUUCCGUUUAGAGAGAACGACGAUGCUAUCCUAUUGGACAUAGGCAUGUCGUCGCCUCCACCUCUUCAGAUUGACCCACAUGGAAGUUGCUGCUGUAACUCAAUCCAAGUUUCGGCGGUUUCUCCCCCAUUUUUCGAUAUCAGGAUUCCUCUUCCAAGGUGGGUGAGGGAGGAGAUGGACAAGGAUCCAGACCUUGCAUACACAGAUCAAUGGGGAAGGAGGAAUUAUGAGUAUGUAUCACUUGGUCGUGAUACCCUUCCAGUCCUUAAAGGAAGAACUCCUGUUCAGUGUUACUCUGACUUCAUGAGGGCUUUUAGAGACAGGUUUGAAGACAUGCUAGGUGACACCAUUGUGGAGAUUUAAGUGGGCAUGGGUCCAGCCGGAGAGCUUCGUUUUCCUUCCUAUCCUGAGCAAAAUGGGACAUGGAGGUUCCCUGGAAUUGGGGCUUUUCAGUGCUUUGAUAAGUAUAUGAUUAGCAACCUAAAAGCCACAGCGGGAGCCAUAGGGGCUAGGAGCCAGCAAUUGGUAUGUAGAGAGUAAAGGUUGUCAUUGGCAUAUACGGUCAUUCAGUUAGCAAGCAGAAGGCAUACAGUACAUAUAGCUGAGAUUGUGAUGUUCGACAUCUUACAUAAUCAAAGGCUCUUUUCUUAUAACUCCCAUAAGAACUUAGUCCCCUUCAGGUUAUUACUUAUGAAUAGAUUAUAUCUUACGAGGGUUCUUCUCAUUCAAAUUAAAGGAGGAUAGUGUCUGGCCUCAACCUUCAAUAGAUCAAACUUUAAUCAAUUGACGGUACAAAAGACACGAAUGCUUGGUUUAGGUGUGACAUGUGCAGUCUUGGACAAGAAAAAGGUCUUCUCUAUGCAUAAUCAACCGUACUUUAUUAACAAUAGGCUUUUCAAAAAAUAGAUGGCAUAGCAGCCUGAGGUCUCAAACACUGUUGAUCAUAUGCGACAUGAAGGCAUUUGCAUCAACAUUUCUUUUGUUUGUCCUUCCAACUCACUAAAAUGGAUAUGGGCCCAUGCCCAAUGUUGGAUUUUCUAGAGUUGAGGAAAAAGUAUCCUCAGUUCAAACUUCCCCACCUUUAUGCAUUGCCCACUCUCUUGGAUGCAAAACUUUUAAGACACUAGCACUUAUUUAAUCAAGAACAUAGAUUCCUCAUUCAAACUUGCUUCCAAAUGAUGUUGGUGCAAGAAUGCAGAAAUGGUUAAACAUUUCUUCUGGAUUUGACCUAAAGCUAAUGACUUCUGGUCUCACUUCUAAAUGGCCACAUGUGAAAUGAAUACACUCUUAAUAAAAAUGGAGGUACUUUACAGAUUCAUUUUAAUCAAUGGAGGUAAGUGAACUCUAAAUUUCACUGCAUGCACGUUGUGAUAUGUUUUGAGUUAUGGACUCAAAAAAGUAUUUGAAAGUAUCGGUAUACAAACAACUCCACAUCAAGCACUAAAUACAAAAGGUGAUGGUUGUGACACAUUUUUCAUUUAGGGUAAUUAGAAAUCAAUCACACACAUUAGU